AAAGUGCGGUGGACCACCAGUAGCUGCAUCUUUCUCUUGGAAUCCUGGGAAAACAAACAGUUCGAUUCAAGACCGAUGGAAGCAAACGUACACUGAGAAGACACCUGAAGCACCAAAGGUCACUCCUCAACCGCCUGUAUCAACUAUAUCAACUGGUCAAAGCUCAGUCAAGCCUACAACAACAUCCGUCACGCCCGUUCGGCGCUUUCCACGACCGCUUAACAGUGGCAACACCACUCAAUUGAACACUCGAAUAUCAGCACACAUCUCAGCUGCUACCGUCGAGAGAACACCAUCUCACACUAGACAAGGGUCCUAUGCAGAAGCGCUCGCUGACGCGCUCGAUUCGUCGCCGUCGAGUAACCCCAUCUUGGACGACGGUGUCGCUCUUUCCAAGGUCUACGGGUCGGUCCUACAAAACCCCGAAACUCUAAAGACAUAUCAGUGUGCCGACU